AUGAAAAGAAAAAGAAUCAUAUCAGAUGAUGAAGAUGAUACUACAUUUAUAAAUAAUAGUGAUUAUGAUAAUAACAAAGAUAACGAAGAGGAAGAAAAUUUAAAUAGUGUACCAAAUGAAAAUAAUGAUAAUAACAUAGUAACAGACACGGUAGUAGAUACAUUAAUUGAUCCAGAAAAUCUCACGAAUGAUCCUAAGUCAAAACGCGAAAUUACAGAAGAAUAUACAAAUCAAGAAAAGAAAGAAGAAGAAGAAGAAGAAUCACACGAUCAAUUGGAUAUAAAUAAUGAAAGCUCGGAAGAACCUAUAUUUGAUAAUAAUGAAUAUGAAAAAGAUACACCAGUAGCAAGUCCUGAACCACAAAACACCACUCCUCAAUCAAAACCAAGACUAGUUAUAAACAAAUUGAUACUUACAAAUUUUAAGUCUUAUGCUGGGGAACAAAUUAUUGGACCUUUUCAUACUUCAUUUUCAUCAGUGGUUGGUCCGAACGGUAGUGGAAAAUCGAAUGUUAUUGAUUCAAUGUUAUUUGUUUUUGGUUUUAAAGCAAACAAAAUGAGACAAGGUAAAAUUUCGGAACUUAUUCACAAUUCAGGUUCAGGAAGAGCUGAUUAUUGUCAGGUAGACAUUUAUUUUGAAAUGAUUCAUGAUGAUCCAGUUACAGUUGUUGAGAACUCCCAGCUUAUAAUAUCAAGAAGGGCGACAAUUAAUAACCAAUCACAAUAUUACAUAAAUAACAAAAGAAGUAAUUAUACAGAAGUUACAACCCUACUAAAAAAUCAGGGAAUUGAUUUAGAUCAUAAAAGAUUUUUAAUUUUGCAAGGUGAAGUGGAAUCAAUUGCACAAAUGAAAGCAAAAGCUGAGAAAGAAGGUGAAGAUGGCCUUUUGGAAUAUUUGGAGGAUAUUAUUGGUACAACUAAAUAUAAACAAUUGAUAGAAGACAGUAUGUCUAGAAUAGAAGAAUUGAAUACUAUAUGUCAAGAAAAAGCAGAUAGAUUUAAUUUGGUUGAAAAAGAUAAAGAAGCAUUAGAUGAAAAAAAAGUUGAAGCUUUAAGAUUUUUAGAAUUGGAAAGAAAAUUAAAUCACCAUAAAAGCAUUCAAUUUCAAUAUAAUAUAAAUCAUUUUGAAACUAAAAUCAACGAGAGACAAACUGAAGCAGAUGAUUUAGAAAGACAAUUGCAAGAGAAGAAACUAGCAAAUAACGAAGUCUUUAAAUUAAUUGAAGAAGAAACCGCCAAACAAUCUGAGAUCAAAAAAAUUGUAAAAUCUUUCACAAAUGAACUCGAGAAGCUUGAUAAACAGAAAAAGGAAGUAAAUAAGAAAAAUGUAGCAUUAGAAGAAAAAUCAAAAAAUUUUGAAAAUAAACUAAAGAAAGUUCAAAAAACUAUAAAUUCCCUGACACAUGCAUUAAAUUCUUCAUAUCAAAGUUUAUUAACAUAUUCUAAUUCAUCAGAACAAUACAAAUCUCAAAUAGAAAAACUCAACACUUCUUUGGAAGAGGAAGAGAACAAGUUACAUGAAAUUCGUGAAAGAUUAACUGGCAAAACCAAAGAAUAUACUCAAAAAAUUGAAUAUUUACAAAAGCAAUUAGAACCAUGGAAUACAAAAUUAAAACAGAAUGAAAAUGAGAUCCAAUUAGUUAAAUCAAGCAUUAAUAUACUAGAAUCUCAGAAGAACAGCAUUUUCAAACAACUCGAGGAGAAUAAAGAAAAACUUAUUGCAAUCAAGCAAGAAGGUAAAAGUAAAGAAGCGAAAUGUCAGGAGAAAGAACAAACUCUUGAAGCUAUAGAAGAACAAAUUUCAUUAGGUGAAGAACAAACAAAUUCAAGAAAGCAAAGAAUGGAAAAAAUGAAAAAUCAAAUUAAUAGAGCUAAAAACAAAUAUCAUGAUUCAUCACAAAUUUUCCAAACUAAACAAAAUCAAAACAGUGUGUUGGCAGCUUUAACAAAAUUAGGUAAAUCAGGUAGAAUUGAAGGAUUUUAUGGCAAAUUAGGUGAUCUUGGUAGUAUUGAUGAUAAAUAUGAUAUAGCUGUUUCAACUGCAGUUCCGGGAUUAGAUUCUAUGGUGGUUGAAACAGUUGAAACUGCACAAGCAUGUAUCGAUUACCUCAGAAAAAAUCGACUCGGGUAUGCAAAUUUCAUUUGUUUGAACAAACUAAGAAAUUUUGAUCUUUCUCCUAUAAGCAUACCUGGAGACCCAUCAAAAAUUAAAAGAUUGUUUGAUUUGAUUAAUCCCGUGAAUCCUAAAUUUGCACCAGCAUUUUAUAGUAAGAUGUUUAAUACUUUGGUUGCACCUGAUCUAAAUGAAGCUAAAAAAGUUGCAUAUGGAGCAAGAAGAUGUAAAUGUGUUACCUUAGAUGGUAAAGUCAUCGAUGUUACUGGUACAAUGUCAGGUGGUGGAAAUCAAGUAAUGAGAGGAGCAUUGCGUUUAACUUCAGCUCAAACUAAUCAACCAGAUUUUGAUGAAGAUGAUUUAAAAAAGGCAUGGAGCGAAAUACAAGAUAUGGAAUCUGAAUUUAAUAAAGAACAACAAGAUUAUAAUCAAGAUAUGAGUAAAUUAGCAAAAAUUAAAAAUGUUGAACCUGAAACUAGACUUGAAGUGGAUAAAUUAAAGAUGGAUAUAGCUGGACUAGCAUCUGAAAUGAAAGAAGUUUCUCGAAUUUGUAAGAAUUUGGUGGUUGAACAAAGAGAAAUGGAACAAAAUAAUCCAUUUGAAGAACAAAUCGAAGACAAACAAAAUGAACUUGAUAAUUUAGAAAGAACUAAAGGAAAUUUAAAACAUGAAAUGGCAGAAUCAGAAAAUCAAAUAUCAAUACUUGAAAAAAAGAUUAUGGAAGCUGGAGGUACGGAUUUGAAAAUUCAAAACUCAAAAGUUGACUCAAUAAAGAAACAAAUUUCAAUUGUUAAUGAGAAAACAAGUGGUGAUAGAAUGGCAGUCAAAAAACUAGAAAGUGAUAUUAAACGUCAUACAAAGGCUAUAGAAGAUGCUAAAACAGAACAAUCAAAUAUAGAAAAAGAUUAUGAUUCAAAUAAGGAGCAAAAAGCUGUGGUAGAAGAGAAACUCAAAGAAUUGGAAGAAGAAAUUAUUAAAGUAGAAAAUGAUAAAAAGAAUCAAGAUGAAGAAUUAGAAGUCAUAAGAGUUAAAAUCGAAGAAAAAGAAGAAGAAAUAGCAGAAUUUAAACAAUUUGAAGUUGAAAUUACAAACAAAUUGGAGAAAGUAACAAGUGGACUUAAAAAAUUGCAUCAUCUAAUCGAAGACAAUCAAAACAAGUUAAAUGCAAUAGAAGUAAGAGAUGUUACACCUUACAUCUACUGGUUAGAUGAAGAAGAACAAAAUAAAUAUAAAACCAAUGCAUUGGAAAGAUUGAGUGAAGAAGAAAUCAGAGAUUUUGAUUUAGAAGCAGUUGCUGUUGAAAUUGAAGAAUUAAAUAACUAUAUGGCUACAGUAAAAGUAGAUGUUGAAUUGUUGAAGGAGUAUGGAACAAAGAUAGAUGAAUACAAUGAUAGAAGGUCUGAUCUAAAUAGAGCAGUUGAAGAACGUGAUGAAAAAAGAGAUUAUUGUGAAGAUUUAAAACGCAAAAGAUUAGAUGAAUUUACGGAAGGUUUUAGUAAAAUUUCAAUGACAUUAAAAGAUAUGUAUAGAAUGAUAACAAUGGGAGGUAAUGCGGAGUUAGAAUUAGUUGAUAGUUUAGAUCCAUUUUCAGAGGGUAUAUUAUUUAGUGUAAUGCCACCUAAAAAAUCAUGGAAAAAUAUAUCAAAUUUAUCUGGUGGUGAAAAAACUUUAAGUUCAUUGGCGUUGGUAUUUGCUUUACAUCUGUAUAAACCAACUCCCUUAUAUGUCAUGGAUGAAAUUGAUGCUGCAUUAGAUUUUAGAAAUGUUUCAAUUGUUGCUAAUUAUAUAAAAGAACGGACUAAAAAUGCUCAAUUUGUGGUCAUUUCAUUAAGAAAUAAUAUGUUUGAAUUAGCUGCUAAAUUAGUUGGGAUCUACAAGGUUGAAAAUAAAACUAGAAGUACAUGUAUAAUGAAUAUAUAA